GACGUGGAAGGAGUUUAAGAAGCGCGCCAAUAUCUCAUUCCCUUUCCUUCUACGAAACUUUCGCAUCUUCUCUUCUCUCUGUCUCUCUGUCUCUCUCAAUUCCUGAAUCCAGCAACUGAUCAUACACUUGUUCAUGCAAAUUCCACAUACCCUUUUACCAAUUUUCAAUCUUUUCCAGAUUCGGAUGAGAAUUUUUCAUCUGGGUCAUUCUCAAAUUCUCAAUCUAUAGCACCCAUUAUUGGGUUGCUUUAUUUGGGAAAAAAAAAUUUGAUCUUGAGUGAGAGGUUUUUGGAGACUUUGAUGAGAGGCCCAAGUAGAAAGUAUGACGCUUGAGCUUUGUCUUCUUCACUGGUUUCCUUACAUUUUCUUUCAGAUGGAAUGGCAGAUCCCGAUACUUUUACGAAUCCUGACCGGGAUAUUGAACAAGCAUUGGUUACUUUGAAAAGAGGAACUCAGUUAGUCAAGUAUUGUCGAAAAGGGAAGCCAAAACUUUGUAAUUUCAGGCUUUCACAGGAUGAAACAUCCCUGAUUUGGAUUUCUCAUGGAAAGGAAAAGCAUCUGAAGUUGGCUUCUGUUUUGCGCAUCAUCUCGGGACAGAGAACAGCUGUCUUUAGAAGAUUUUUGCGCCCUGAAAAGGAUUAUCUAUCAUUUUCACUUAUUCAUAAAAAAGGCGAAAGAUCACUUGAUCUGAUCUGCAAGGAUACAGCUGAAGUUGAGAUAUGGCUUUCGGGCCUAAAGGAAUUAAUUUCUACUGGGCAUAGAAAGCGGCGCUCUUCAAGUGAAUUGACAGAUGAUAGCGUUGAUUCUUCUCCGAUUGAUCGUCCUUUUGGUGGGGCACUAGAGUUGAAUUCAACCAUUUCCACUGGCAGGUUUUCUUUUGAAUCAGCUUUUCGUGAACCCACAUCAAGUAGAAGACGGUCAGAUGUGGGGUCAGAUAGUGCGAGUAUGCCAGUAAGGACAAGUGUUGGAGAUUGUUCCCGUAUUAGUGUGUCAAGUGUUGGCUAUGCUUGUAGUGUAGGAUCAGGGCCAGAUGACAUUGAGUCUCUAGGUGAUGUUUUCAUAUGGGGAGAGGUUUGGGUCGACGGAAAUUCCUCUGAUGGGUUAGGGAGUCAAGUCCCUUCCAAGACAGAUGUUCAUAUUCCUAAGCUAUUAGAGUCUAACGUUGUUCUCGAUGUUCAUCAGAUAGAACCCGGUGUAAGUCAUAUUGCUCUAGUAACACGGCAAGGAGAGGUUUUUACCUGGGGAGAGGACUCUGGCGGGAGACUUGGACAUGGAAUCGAUAAAGAUUUUGGUAAACCACGUCUUGUUGAGUCCAUAGCAGUUACUAAUAUGUGUUUUGUUGCUUGUGGUGAAUAUCAUACAUGUGCUGUAGCUGCAUCUGGGGAUCUAUACACAUGGGGUGACGGUACACAUAAUGCAGGAAUUCUAGGUCAUGGAACCGAUGUUAGCCAUUGUAUACCGAAGAGAGUCACCGGCUUUUUAGAAGGACUUCAGGUUGUAUGUAUAGCCUGUGGCUCAUGGCAUACAGCAUUGAUAACCUCCAAUGGGAAACUUUUUACCUUCGGAGAUGGAAUGCUCGGUGUCUUGGGGCAUGGAGAUAGAGAGAGUGUUUCAUAUCCAAAGGAGGUAGAGUUAUCGAGUGGACACAAGGCUAUUAAGGUUGCAUGUGGAGUGUGGCACACUGCAGCCAUUAUAGAGGUUAAUGAUGAAUCAGGUUCAAAUGCUUCUGCAUCAAAGAGACUAUUCACAUGGGGUGAUGGCGAUCAAUAUCGAUUAGGUCAUGGUAACAAGGAAACCUAUCUUCAACCGACUUGUGUGGCUACACUUGCUGAAUAUAAUUUUCAACAGGUUGCAUGCGGACAAAGUUUCACUGUUGCACUAACCGCAUCUGGACAUGUUUUUACUGUGGGAAGCACAGCAUACGGUCAACUAGGAAAUCCAAACUCUGAUGGAAAAGUACCGAUUCUAGUAAGAGAUAAAUUACAAGGUGAAACUGUUGAAGAAAUAUCAUGCGGCACACAUCAUGUUGCUGCAUUGACUUCAAGAAGUGAACUAUAUACUUGGGGAAGAGGUGCGAAUGGAAGAUUAGGACAUGGAGACACGGAAGAUCAGAAAACUCCAACGUUGGUGGAAGCCUUGAAAGAAAGGCAUGUAAAGAGUAUUGCAUGCGGCGCAAAUUUUACAACUUCUAUAUGCAUACAUAAAUGGGUUUCUGGGAAUGACCAAUCGGUUUGCUCCGGUUGUAGACAACCUUUUGGUUUUACUAGAAAAAGGCAUAAUUGUUAUCAUUGUGGAUUGGUGCAUUGUCAUCCUUGUAGUUCGAAAAAGGCCCUGAAAGCAGCAUUGGCUCCAUCACCUAGCAAACCACAUCGCGUGUGUGAUGCUUGUCACGGAAAGCUUAAAGGUUCUGAUAGUCUUAACACUUCCAAUUAUAAUAGAGAAAUUAGUCGUCCAGUUAGUACCUCACAUGGAAAAAAUGACAGGGGAGAGGUAAAGCCUUCAAAAAUUCUUUUGACUUCUACUGCCAUAGGUCUAGUGAAAUAUCUUGACUUAAGAAGUGCUAUGCUUGGAAGUACACGCGAACCUUCUCCCACGGGAAGAGAGGCUCAAAAUCCGUUGAGUUUGCAAUUGAAAGAUGUCAUAUUUCCAGGUUCAUCAAGUUCCACACAGAAUGCUCCCAGGCCUCUUAUUAUGCCGCAAAGUCAACCACCAACUGCACCUUCAUCAGCUACUUCAAGACCAACCUCACCAUAUUCAAAAAGACCGCCUAGCCCGACACGUUCUAGUUCCCCUGGAUUUUCAAGAACCAUUAUUGAUAACUUAAAGAAGAAAAAUGAGCUUUUGAAUCAAGAAGUCUCAAAGUUGCAAAACCAUAUUCGAAGUUUAAAGCAAAAGGGUGACAUGCAAGAUAUGAAGAUUAACGAGCUUCAGAAAAAUAUUGAGGAAGCACAUCUAUUGGCUGGAGAGGAAUAUUCUAAGCAUAGAGAAGUAAGGGAUUUCAUCAAGUCUAUGGCAGAUGAGUUGAGGGAAGUGACAGAAAAGUUGCCACCAGAGAUUCCUGGCAGUGAAACCUUGAAAGAGAUCCAUGCUCAAGCACAAUAUAUUCUGAAAGAAAAUGUAGAAUUUGAAUCUUCUUCAUUCCAAUCGGGCUUUAAGUCUGAGAAACAAACUGCACAUGGUGUACCAGCAUCAGAAGGAAAUGAUGAAGCUUCUGAGGCUGUUCCAUCUAUAGAUGGAGGAAAUGUUCAUCACAAAUGCAGAAGAUCGUAUGUAUCGAGUCCAGGAGUGUCUCCACCAAGUUCAGAAAAUCGUUCCAAAUCACCUGAAUCUCACAAUCCUGUGAGUGAAGAAGAAACAUCUAUCAUUGAACAAUUUGAACAUGGUGUCUAUGUCACAGUCAGUUUACUACCUGGUGACGUAAAAGUUUUCAAACGUGUUCGAUUCAGUAAGAGAAGAUUCAAUGAGCAACAAGCAGAAGAAUGGUGGAACAAUAACAGAGAUAGGUUGCAAAGGAGAUACAGUCUACCACCUGAAAUGAUUGGUUCGUCGACCACCUCACCUCAUGCUGAAGAAAAUGGUUAGGCAUCACAUUCUUAAACUUUUCUCUCUGGUCUACACUGUCAACACAAUAGUCGUCUCAAAUUAUUCAGAAUGGAAGCCGCAACAAUCAACUGAGUGUAAUUAGACAAAUUAGUGCAAACAGUAUCUACAUUAUGAAGCAUCGACACACACGCACACCAGACACAACUGAUACGUACAGACCAUUAAGAAAAUUAAUAAAAGUGAUUGAAUGUAUGUGUUGGUGUCGGACAUACACAUACGAGACACCAGACACACCUUUAUCUGAAAUGUUGGUGCUACGUAAAUCUACAACAGACAGUUUGGAAAAGAGCCUCAAUAGAAGAUAGAAUAUGUAAUAGGAAGUACUAGGAACACUAUAACAUAAGGUUUAGAGGUAGAAAACUUAUUUUUGAUAUUAACAUUCUUUGAUCUCAUUCUCACUCUUUCUUUCCUUGUAACUCUUCCACAUACCCUCUAUUAUUGGUAUUGUACAUCACCCGUUUUUACGAGUUAUUGUCAGUUUGGAUCUUACAUAAGUCCAUACAAUUUUAUCAUUUAAUUAAAAGGUGUCUCAUUAAAUUGAGAAGAAUAAAUAAGUGUUUAUAAACUACUAUUAGUCUCGAUUUCUAAACGAUGUAAUUUUUUUUUAUAUGCCGAAACAAUAAUCCAUCAAGAAGCUAAAUUCAUAUUAA